AUGUUUGACUGCAUUGAAGACAUGGCGAACUUUAUUGUACACAUUCAAAAACAGUACGCUAAGCAGAGAAAGAUUACUGUGUUUUCUGGGGUUAAAUCAUGGCAUUUUUCAAGACCUACGCUGUGGGCAGAUGGUCUGGGGCAUGACCCCUGGAUUCAGAUGAAAGGAUACCAUGAAAAUGGAAUCCAGCUUGUGUGUAAAACAAGUGGAUGGUUCCCUGCACCAGUGAUACAGUGGAUCCGUGAGGAUGGACAUGUUUUAACACAGGCUGAGACAAGAUACCAACAGGACUCAAAAGGUCUUGUAAAUGUCCAGAGUGACAUUGUAAUAACAAGACAAUCAACAAACAGGUUUAAAUGUCUUAUACUGAGUGAACAGUUGAAAACAGAACAAGAAGUAGCUAUCAGGAUAUCAGAUGAUAUUUUCCCUUCAGUCCCUGACUGGCUGGCGCCAUUGUUGGUGACUCUUUGUUGUCUAAUUGUGGGCAUUUUUGCUGUGCUUUAUUGGAAUGUGAAACACCAUGGACACAUUAAAGAGCUAAAACUUCGGAAAUCUUUCAUAGAAUGUGAGUGGAAGAGAAUUUGUGACUAUGAAGUCUCUCCCCCGAUCCCCGGCGAGUCUCUCCCCCCGAUCCCCGGCGAGUCUCUCCCCCCGAUCCCCGUCUCUGUGAACCUGGAUGUGGAAACAGCGAGUCCCGAGCUCGAGGUGCUUGAGGAACUGAAGAGUUUGAGAUGGACCCGGGCCCGGAGGAGUCUCUCUGACACCGGGAAGAGGUUUACAUUCUGGUCCUGUGCCCUGGGAUCAGAGGGAUUCACUUCGGGGAGACAUUACUGGGAGGUGGAGGUGGAGGGGAAUCGGCGCUGGAGACUGGGAGUAGCCGCAGAGUCUGUGGAGAGGAAGGAUGGGGUCAGUCUGAGCCCGGAGACUGGAUUCUGGACCAUUGAGCAGGUUGGGGAUGAGUUUUUUAUAAAAUCCUCUCCUCGAUUCCCUCUCCCUGUCGGUCAGAUCCCCGGGAAGGUGGGAGUUUAUCUCAGUUAUGAGUCUGGGACAGUUUCAUUUUACAGCGCGGACACCAAGUCCCAUCUCCACAGCUUCACUGGGAAUAAAUUCACUGAGAAACUUUAUCCUUUCUUCAGCACUUGGGAUGAAAACCAGAUUCUGAGAAUCUGUUCCGGAUCCGGAAAAGGGGCGGGGCCUCAGGAGGUCGCAUCAUCCCUGACGUCACUGACAUGACCCCGUGAUCAGGGUCAGGACAGUGUCAGGGUUUGGGGAUU